AGUCCAUACUACAAACUUAUUUACUAAAUUUUAUAAUUAAUUGAACAAAUAUCAAUGUUCUUUGAUAAAAAUAUUUUAAUAAAUAGGAACCAAAGCAAAAAGAGAUGUAUACGAAAGGAAUAUUUAACGAUCAGUACCCGCUAGAACUGAGAAAUUUUUUCGUUAUGAGUUGUAAAGCUUUAGCAGAUGAGGUUGUAAAUUGGCCAGGAAUGAAAAAAUACUCGGAAAAAAUUGCUAAACUCGCCGACCGCAUAUAUAAAAUAGGAGAAAACGCAUCCAAGUUAUGUGAGGAUGAAUUCAAUGUUAUUAAUCACGGCGAUUUCUGGGUAAACAACAUGUUGUUCAAAUAUGACAAUGAUGGCAAACCUGUUCAGCACAUUGGUGUGGAUUUCCAAACGUGUGUCUACACAUCGCCGGCAAUCGAUCUUCAAUAUUUUCUUAGUACAAGUCCUUCCCCGGAUGUCAUUGAAAACAAGAGAGAUGUUUUAUUAAAUGAAUAUCUUGGUGCACUGUCGGCGACUAUGAAGCAACUGGGCUGCAAGACGCAGCCACCCACCAUGGAAGAACUGAAAGCUACUCUAAAACGAAGAGCCAGUUAUGGAAUGAUAUCAUCCUUCUCAGUUUUACCAAUAGUACUGUGCUGUAAGACUGAGGUGAAAGACUUGGGUGAGAUCAUGAAUCCUGAUACUUUUUCAAGUCCGGGUCUAAAGAGCGAGAGUUAUAAAAAAUUGAUGAUGAAGAGAAUUCCAAUGUAUGACGAAUGGGGUUUGCUGGAUCUUUAACGAAUACUUGACUUGUUGUAAUAAAUAAUGUAGAAAAAAAAAUAAUAAUAAUAGGCCUGACAAAGUACAGCAAAUAUAUUAAAAUGGAAAA